UGUCGCAAGUGCCAGCUUAUUGGGCGCGGCAUUCCGGUGAGUAACUUGUUGACGAAUUUUUUUUUUUUUUUCUUUCGGCGGUGCUGACUCGGAAUGUUGCAGACCUGCAUUUUCUGUCCAAAUACCGACGGGGCGUUCAAGCAGACCAACUCGUCCAAGUGGGCGCAUCUGUUGUGCGCCAUGUGGAUCCCCGAGGUCUCUCUGGGCAACCACACCUUCAUGGAGCCGGUCAUGGAGGUGGAAAAGGUGCCCAAGACUCGGUGGAGGCUGACGUGCUACAUCUGCAAUCAGCGCAUGGGAGCCUGCAUCCAGUGCUCUAAUAAGAACUGCUACCAGGCUUUCCACGUGACGUGUGCCCGUCGCUGCCGCCUCUUUCUUAAGAUGAAGAACGGCCAGGGCGCUUUGGCCGUGCUGGAAGGCACCCUCCCGCUCAAGGCGUUCUGCGACAAGCACUGCCCCCCGGACUACGCCGAGAAAAACGGCAUCGCUCAGGCGACGAGGGACGCCAAGCGCUUCUACAAGCGCACCAUGAAGGGCCGCAUCUGGGCCGACAGCCAAGCGUCGGCCCUCCAAAUCGCUGCCACGCACCGCAACGCCAUCACCGAGCAUCCGCCCGACGAAUCGCAGAUAACAGGCGCCAAGGUCUCGGCUGUGCUCGCAGAUAAGAAAAAGGGCCAGCCCCCGAAGAACGUCUGGAAGCUGCCAUCCGGCGCCCCCGUCAUCCCCCAGGCCGUGUACGAUCUGGUCGAGAGCGCGCUUGCGAGGUUUCCGAUCCGCAAGCGAAAGGACUUUGUGGCCGAGGCCUGCAAGUACUGGACGCUCAAACGCGAAGCGCGCCGCGGCGCCGCCCUGCUCAAGCGCCUGCAGCUGCAAAUGGAGACCUUCUCGUCCAUGGAGCUGACGAGGCGAAACUUCGCGGCCAUGGGCCCCUCCGGCAAGGCGAGGCUCACCCGGAGGAUCGAGUUUUGCCGCGCCCUCAUUAAGGACCUCGAGCAGCUCAAGGAGCUAGCCGAUGCCGUCGUGCAGCGCGAGGAGGCGAAGCUCGAGGCGGCCGAACUCGAGCAGGACUUUGUCGACACCUGCUACUUUCCAAUCUUCAAACAGUUGCAGCCGAUCCUUGACAAGGCAUUUGUGUAAGUUACCCAUCCGACGGGACUUUCCUCGCAUGGUGGCCUGUCAAC